UUUAAUAUUAAGACCGACGUAUUUUAGACAAUUUUUAUUAAAAUUAAUUUUUUACAAAAUCAGACAAUCUUUUAAAUCUUAAACAUCAUAUAUUGAACAAAAAAUGAUUUUACAAUUACGUCUUAGAUUAUGUAUUGUUUGUUGCAUUGUGUCUUCAUUAGUCUGGGGAUCGAAUAGUAAUAUUAAUAAUACGACAUCUGAAGAUAUGGAAAUCGACCAAACAGAUGCUGAAUUAAAUAUAUCAGAUGAUCGAGUUGAGGAUGUUAAUAAUUUAGACGUAGCAACAAGAAUUUUAGAAUUUUUUAGACACAACGAUGUACCAUUAAGCGAUACAGAAAUUAAAGAUAUAUGUGAUUUAUGUUUUGAAUAUAAAGACUUCACAUUUGAUCAAUUUAUGAGCCAAAUUGACAAAUCUAUUGACAAAAUGGUUGAUAAUUUUAACGAUGAAGAAUUAAAAUAUAUAUUCGACAAUCUUUCCAAUGAAACUGAUCACAUCACUAAAUCAAAUUUAAAAAUUUUCUUAAUAGAAACUAGUUUAAUUGAUAAAGAUAUGAAUGAUGAAAAAUUGAAUAGAAUAAUGGAAAAUUCUAAAGUUGAAAUUGCUGAUGAAGUCAGUUUUGAAAACUUUUUGAAAAUAUAUAAACAUUAUCGCAACGAUGUAAUACCAAGAGAUUUUUAUAAGAACUAGAAGAAAACUAUUUGAAAUAUGGAAUUACUAUAAUACAUAAAUUAGUAUUACUUAUUAAUAAAUACAUUUAUAAAAUAAGAAUUUAUUUUAUACAAAUAUAUUCGAUGUUUUAAAUUAACAAAUAAAUAUUCAUGUAUAAAUA